AUGGGCAAGUCCAUGCUGAUGGACAUCUCUAGUCGAGUUAUCGCUCUAACACUGGCUGUGAUGCUUGUUGCAUCGGCGGCCAGCUGGGGUGGCGUUGCAGCACAAGGAGGAGGAAGAGGGUACGGGUACGGCGGUGGCGGUGGUGGUGGUGGUGGCGGGUACGGCGGUGGCGGAGGCGGUGGUGGGUACGGCGGCGGUGGUGGCGGGUACGGCGGCGGUGGGUACGGUGGAGGUGGAUACGGCAACGAUUACGAUCAGGGUCGGGGUCCGCAGGGGGGCGUGAGCCCGGGUGAGCUCAUCAUGGGGUACUACUCCAUGAGCUGCCCGUACGCGGAGGCGAUCGUCCGCAACGUGGUGGGCGACGCCCUCCACCGAGACCCCACCCUCGCCGCCUCCCUCCUCCGCCUCCACUUCCACGACUGCUUCGUCCGCGGCUGCGACGCUUCCGUGCUCCUAGACUCCACCGACGAGUCCAAGGCCGAGAAGGACGCCCUCACCAACAAGUCCCUCCGCGGCUUCGAGGUCAUCGACGCCGUCAAGGAGGCCCUCGAGGCGCAGUGCCCCGGCGCCGUCUCCUGCGCCGACGUCCUCGCCCUCGCCGCAAGGGACUCCGUCUCCAUGGCCGGCGGGCCCUACUACGACGUGCCCACGGGCAGGAAGGAUGGCUCGCUCUCCAUCGCCGCCGACACCUCCGCUCUCCCCGCCGCGACACUCACCGCCGACGAGCUCAUCAACGUCUUCGUCGGCACGCACGGCUUCACCGUGCCGGAGCUCGUCGCGCUCUCCGGAGGGCACACGCUCGGCCAGGCCCACUGCGCCAACUUCAAGAACCGCCUCGUCGCCAACGCCGUCGACCCCACCUUAGCGCCCGACAUGGCCGCGACGCUUGCCAGGACAUGCAGGAGCGGCGGAGAUGGCGCCACCGCCAAGCUUGAUAUGACGAGCAACGCCUUCGACACCGCGUACUUCAAGGGCUUGCAGAAGAGGCGGGGGCUGCUCUCUUCCGACCAGACGCUCAUCACGGGGUCGCAGGAGACGGCCAUGUACGUCAGCAUGUUCGCCGACAACUCCGACAUGUUCUUCGACACCUUCGUCCAGGGGAUGGCCAAGAUGGGACAGCUGGACCUCAACCCCAACGGCGACGUCAGGAUGAACUGCAGGGUCGUCAACAAGUAA